CCAAUCUCCUCCCCUCCGACAACCACCACCACCGCUCGCCUCGCCGCCGUCCAUUUCAAUCGCAGCAGCCAGCCAGCCAGCCAGGCAGAUCGAUCAAUCGUGAUGGAGGGGUGCGACCGGAUCAGAGGCCCGUGGAGCCCGGAGGAGGACGGCGCGCUGCGGCGGCUGGUGGAGCGCCACGGCGCGCGAAACUGGACGGCCAUCGGCCGCGGGGUGCCCGGCCGGUCCGGCAAGUCCUGUCGCCUGCGGUGGUGCAACCAGCUCUCGCCCGGGGUGGAGCGCAGGCCUUUCACGGCCGAGGAGGACGCCGCCAUCGCCCGCGCACAUGCCCGGCUCGGGAACAGAUGGGCCGCCAUCGCGCGCCUCCUCCGCGGCCGCACCGACAACGCCGUCAAGAACCACUGGAACUGCUCCCUCAAGCGCAGGCUCGCCGAUGUUGGCGUUGCAGAGGAGGAGGAGCGGCCGUGCAAGCGGGCCAGCGUCAGCCCGGAGAGCACGUCUGGAUCCGGGUCGGACCGCAGCGAUCUCAGCAAUGGAGGCGUGUUGAACUUCGGGCUCGGCCAGGUUUACCGGCCGUUGGCGCGGACCGGCAGGUUCGAGCCGGCCGACUGCGCCAUGAGCCAGCGACACGAGGUGGAGCUGGAGGAGGAGGCGGAGGACCCGCUCACCUCGCUCUCCCUCUCGCUCCCGGGCACGGACGCUCACGGGUUCCGCCAUGACAGCUCCCACAGCCACUUCCACCAGCCGUCUCCCUCCCCGUCGCCGCCACCCGCUCCGGCGCCGACGUCGUAUCCGUUUAGCCCCGAGUUCGCGGCGGUGAUGCAGGAGAUGGUCCUGGACGAGGUGCGCAGGUACAUCUCUGGCGUCGGGUGCAGCGCCAACCUGCCGUCGAUGCCGCAGGUGGUGGACGGCGUGAUGCGCGCGGCCGCGGAGCGCGCCGGCGGACUCGCGAGGAUGCAGUGACCUGUGACCAAGAUCAAAUCGACCAAUCCGAUCGAUCAGUCUAGCACAGCCGCCAUCUGCUCAGUGGUCUUGCUUCAUUUCGUUAGGAUCUGAUGAAGUCUGAACUGAAUUAGCAAUGGGAGAAAGAACAGGCAAAGCCGCUUUGCUUCUUUCUUUCUUUCUGUAUAUACAAACAUAUGAAAUAGAAACGAAAACAUGCAUGUCCAA